AUGCAAUGGACAGAGUCCGAUGCCUUACUGGAGCUGGAGAUGCUGCUUCCGCAGUCCCUGCGGAGCAGCAUGCUUCCUUUGGAAUUGGAGAACGCGCAUCUGCUUGUUGGUCUUUUGCAGAGCCGCCUGUCCGCGCGACUUCUGCAAGCAAAUUGCCAGCUUUUGCAGCCGGGGAAUGUGGCCAAUGGACACACGGAGGUCGCUGACGAAACUGAUGCCCACAUUUCUAGUGAUGCUCUUGCCUUGACGGCAGCAGAGGUGGUUGCCCUCCUGGUGUCGCUGCGCGUCCGUAGAGGAUUUGAAGCAGAGGCUCACGCAGGCUUCUGUAAUGAGCUUGCAACAGCUGAGGAGCAGCUCUGUCAGCUGUGGGAGGAACACAUGGAGCAGGAUGUCAGAGGCAAGCAAGGGUAUUUGUUUGGCAUAUCUUCCAAGGCGCAGGCAGAUCAACUUCAAGUGAAAUCGCUGGAGAAGCGUUGCUGGCAGCAGGUCUUGAAUCACUACCACCAUUCGUUGCAAGAGCGAGAGCUUGAGCUGGCCGAAUGCUGCGCGGAGCUCUCGGCAGAAGAGCAUGCACUGGACCAGCUGCGCGGCAGCGGCGCGGGCCACACGGCCGGCAUCGAUGCGGAGCUGCGGUCCGUUCGUCAGUUGGAGACCUUGGCGCGUCGUUUGGAGAGAGGCGAGGCGGAGAUGGAGGCGGAGUGCAGCCGUCGAAGCCGGCGGAGCCUGACGCAGGCAGCAUGGCGUUUGUCGCACGAGCUGGAGGAGGAGACGCUGCGUGCGGACGCCCACCUCCUGCAGCUUGAGACGAGAGAAAAGGCAGAGGGAGAGGAGGGAGAGGAGAGAGAACGAGAGAUCGAUGUGAGAUGGCAACGUGCGCGGGAGGAGCUGGCUGAACAGGCGCCGAGGCAAGGGGAAGUGGCAGAGGUGCUGAGUGAGGCGCUGCAGCUGCGGAAGGAGUUGGGAGCUGCGGGCAGUAAGCGUGCUGCUGAGCAGAGGGCUGAGUCUGAAGCGCUUCGUCAGCUCCGCCUAAGCAGCAAGCGCAACGCGAGUGUUAGGGAAUCGCUAAAGCACGAAGUCAACAGCUUGGCUGAUUUGAAAGAGAAACAGAGGGAGCUUGAGGCGAGAGAACGAGCGCUGCUCGUCGCGCAAAGGCAAGCCUGGCAGGCGGAGCAGGUGCAGGCAGAGGAAGAUAGCCAGAACGGGAUCCAAGCCCUUGGAGAUGCGUUGCGUGCAGAGACUUUCGCUGCGAAGCAGGAAGCCGAGGUUGCCCGCAGUCUUCGAGUUGAGUUGCGCAGCAUGCGAGCCAAGCAGCAGCACUGCCUCAGACAGUCGCGCCACAUCGAGCCGGACACAGAGAGAGGUGGCUUGCACAACUUCGAGUUGGAUGUGCAGAAGCGAAUGAAGAGGCGUGAGCAGCAACUGCAACAGCUGCGCAGCUCCCUGGCACUGGAGGAUUCGAGAUCGUAUCCCAGAAACUCUCAGAGCAGUGAGUCCAGCUAUCUCGAGAGGACAUCUCAGAGCAUGAAAAGAGCUGCGGCACCACUGCUCGCGGUCUUGGCCUGA